AUGAGCCUAUUCUGCCCCCCUUACCCUUUCCCCCACCCCUUCCUACCUCUUCUCAACAGGCGUUUUCCUGCCUGGUGGUGGCGCCGAACGUUUGCCUGCCUGGUGGCGGCGUGUGAGAGCUCGGAUCCGCAGCUGUCGAACCCCAUCCUGCUCAAGACAGUGCGACGAGUGCAUCGCACAGACGAGGGCCUGGUGGUUGACAUAGGGCCGUGCGUGGGAGGGGGAGGGGAGGAGUGGGCUUUUGUGACAGGCAGGCAGCUAGAAUUCUUCUUUCACUUCACCUCGGCCAUUCCACCCCCCUCCCCCACCUUCCUCACCCCCCAUCAGCGCGCCCCCUCGCGCCCCCUGUACGCCAUAGUGCAUCACACUGACGAGGGCCUGGUGGUUGGCAUAGAGCCGUGCGUGGGAGGGGGGAGCGGAGGGAGGAGGAGUGGACUGUCACGGUCUUCCCACCCCCUGUACGCCAUAGUGCAUCGCACUGACGAGGGCCUGGUGGUUGACAUAGAGCCGUGCGUGGGAGGGGAGGAGUGGGCUGGGAGGUGGAAGAAGAAGAAGAAGGGAGGGAAGGCGGCGGCACGUGCGAGUGAGGCACGAGGGAAAGUCGAGGUGGGGAGUGUGGGGGAAUCAGGAGGAAAGGCAGGUAGCGGUAUAGAGGAUGCGUCUGGAAAGGGUGGGGAGGGGAAGGACGGAGUAGUUUCGUGGAGGUGUUUGAAUGGGUAUGCGCAGGGUGGUGGUGGAGAUGAGAGCUGUCAGAAGGAAGGGGAGAAGCCGGAGAAAGGAGAGGAGGAAGAGAAGAAAGGGGAGAAGGAGGAGAAGGGAGGGGAAGAGGAAGAGGAAGAGAAGCAAGGGGAGGAGGGAAAGAAAGGGGAGGAGAAGGAACAGGAUGAGGAGGAGGAAGAGGAGGAGGAGGAAGAGGAGGAGGUCGUCGAUAUGUCGAUGCUGGAGUGGUCAGCUCUGGACAAGCACGAGAGGACGAGUGCGAGUAUUGCCAAGCUGCAAGACAUCGAUGACGACAUGCCUAAGCUGUGCAACACGCUUGUGCAGGACAUUGUCUCCACACCUCCCCCUCCACACCUCCCCCUCCACACCUCCACCUCCACACCUCCCCCUCCACACCUCCCCCUCCACACCUCCCCCUCCACACCUCCCCCUCCACACCUCCCCCUCCACACCUCCACCUCCACACCUCCCCCUCCACACCUCCCCCUCCACACCUCCCCCUCCACACCUCCCCCUCCACACCUCCCCCUCCACACCUCCCCCUCCACACCUCCACCUCCACACCUCCCCCUCCACACCUCCCCCUCCACACCUCCCCCUCCACACCUCCCCCUCCACACCUCCCCUCCACCCUCCCCCUCCACACCUCCCCCUCCACACCUCCCCCUCCACACCUCCCCCUCCACACCUCCCCCUCCACACCUCCCCCUCCACACCUCCCCCUCCACACCUCCCCCUCCACACCUCCCCCUCCACACCUCCCCUCCACACCUCCCCCUCCACACCUCCCCCUCCACACCUCCCCCUCCACACCUCCCCCUCCACACCUCCCCCUCCACACCUCCCCCUCACACCUCCCCUCCACACCUCCCCCUCCACACCUCCCCCUCCACACCUCCCCCUCCACACCUCCCCCUCCACACCUCCCCCUCCACACCUCCCCCUCCACACCUCCCCCUCCACACCUCCCCCUCCACACCUCCCCCUCCACACCUCCCCCUCCACACCUCCCCCUCCACAACCUCCCCCUCCACACCUCCCCCUCCACACCUCCCCCUCCACACCUCCCCCUCCACACCUCCCCCUCCACACCUCCCCCUCCACACCUCCCCCUCCACACCUCCCCUCCACACCUCCCCCUCCACACCUCCCCCUCCACACCUCCCCCUCCACACCUCCCCCUCCACACCUCCCCUCCACACCUCCCCUCCACACCUCCCCUCCACCCUCCCCCUCCACACCUCCCCUCCACACCCCCUCCACACCUCCCCCUCCACACCUCCCCCUCCACACCUCCCCCUCCACACCUCCCCCUCCACACCUCCCCCUCCACACCUCCCCCUCCACACCUCCCCCUCCACACCUCCCCCUCCACACCUCCCCCUCCACACCUCCCCUCCCCCUCCACACCUCCCCCUCCACACCUCCCCCUCCACACCUCCCCCUCCACACCUCCCCCUCCACACCUCCCCCUCCACACCUCCCCCUCCACACCUCCCCUCCACACCUCCCCUCCACACCUCCCCCUCCACACCUCCCCCUCCACACCUCCCCCUCCUGCUUUUCCCUUCCCGCUUUCCCUCUCCCCUUCCUCCUCCACGCCUCCGCCUCGCCCCACUCUUACCCCUCUCUCAGGAAUUGCGAGAGCUGGCAGGGCAUGACCGCAUGCUGCUGGGUGGAAAUGAGAAGGGAGGAUGUGGAGGGUAUGACCGCGUGCUGCUGUACCGGUUCCAUGAGGACCUGCACGGGGAGGUGCGUGGGAAAGAGGGGGGAAGGAGGGGGGUCGCUCUGGAGAGAGAUGGUUGGGUGGGUGGGAAGAGGAUGGGCCGAGAGAGCUGGCAGGCAGGGUAUGACCGCGUGCUGCUGUAUCGAUUCCAUGUGGACCUGCACGGGGAGGUCGUGGCUGAGGCCAAAGCAGAGGCUCAGGCGUCCCUGCUUCCUCCUUCUCCAGUCGUGGCAGAGGCCAAAGCAGAGGCUCAGGCGUCUCUGUUGGGGCUGCACUACCCUGCGACUGAUUGCCCUCAGAUCUACCGUACGAUGUUUGUAGAUAUGCGGCUGAGAUUGAUCGCAGACGUCGCGGCACCAGAUGUGCACAUCAUCCAGCACCCCUCCCUCGUCAAGAACAUCAGCCUCUCCAAGUCAACGCUCAAGGGCGUGUCCAGCUGUCACAAGGAGUACUGCACAAACAUCGGCAUCGGGGCGUCACUAGUCAUGGCGAUAGUGGUAACCACACGGGGCCCGCAGAGCACCAGUGUGCGCAAGCUGUGGGGGCUGGUGGUAUGCCACCACAUGGCGCCGCGCUUCCUGCCCUACCCACAGCGGUUCGCCUGUGACUUCCUGCUGCAGGUGGUAACCACACAGGGCCCUCACAGCACCAGGGAGCAGCAAGCUGUGGGGGCUGGUGUGGUGGUUGCCACCACAU